ACGUCGUCAAAGAGGUUAUGAAGGUGAACUGUUGCGAAAUAUGACAGACUAUUAUUAAUCGAAGGACAUUUGAACUGAAGUGAAUGUGGGUAUAGGAGUAAUCCUUAGUCGAUUAACUGGAUAAGUGCAAUUCUAUAACCAGCUCUGCUGUUUGGUGUUGACAUAUUCAUUGGACAUCUUAUGUUCACGAUGUUGCGGGUUGGGCGUAUUUUAAAUUUUCCACGAAAACGAAUUGAAUUUUCAGUAGUAAAUACAAGAUGGCUAGCCACGGCACCUCAAGUGGCGACGAAGGGAGAGGAGGUGGAGAAGGCCACUAGUGGGGCAAAGGAAUCACAGUCAUUCACCAUGAACCUCUUUCGUGGUGUUAUGGAGACUGCGCAAGUUUUCCCAUUCCCUCAAGUUCUCAAUGAAGAACAGAAAGAUACUCUGAAGAUGUUCAUUGACCCGACUGCCAAAUUUUUUGAGGAGGUAAAUGACCCAGCUAAGAAUGAUACUCUAGAGAAGGUGGAGCCUCAGUCUUUGGAGGGUCUGUGGGAAUUGGGAGCAUUUGGACUGCAGGUCCCACAGGAUCUGGGUGGCUUAGGACUCAGUAACACGCAAUAUGCACGACUGGUGGAGAUUGUGGGAGCCCAUGACUUAGGUGUUGGGAUCACACUUGGUGCACACCAGUCCAUCGGAUUCAAGGGCAUCCUACUCUUUGGAACUCCAGAACAAAAAGCAAAAUACUUGCCUCGAGUAACAACUGGAAAAGAAUUUGCUGCAUUCUGUCUCACAGAACCUUCAUCUGGCAGUGAUGCAGGCUCCAUCAGAUCGAGAGCAGUGCUUUCUCCAGAUGGCAAACAUUACAUCCUGAAUGGGAGUAAAAUUUGGAUUAGCAAUGGAGGAUUGGCAGAGAUUAUGACUGUUUUUGCCCAAACACCCAUCUUGGAUGAAAAAACUGGCAAGGAGCGUGAUAAGGUGACUGCAUUCAUUGUUGAACGCUCAUUUGGUGGUGUGACCUCUGGUCCUCCAGAAAAGAAGAUGGGGAUUAAGGCAUCCAAUACAGCUGAAGUUUUUUAUGAGGAUGUCAAGAUACCCAUUGAAAAUGUGCUUGGGGGUGCUGGACAGGGCUUCAAAGUUGCAAUGAAUAUACUCAAUAAUGGUCGUUUUGGAAUGGCAGCAUGUCUUGCUGGAACCAUGCGUGCUGUAACACGAAAGGCUGUGGAUCAUGCUACCACUCGGCUACAGUUUGGACGUCGCAUUGACUCAUUCGGGACCAUCCAAGAGAAGCUAGCACGAAUGACAUUGUUGCAGUAUGUUACAGAAUCAUUGGCAUAUAUGAUCAGUGGCAACAUGGACAGUGGAUCUGUAGACUUUCAUCUUGAGGCCGCUAUUUCAAAGGUAUUUGCUUCAGAGGCUGCCUGGACAGUGACUGAUGAAGCCAUUCAGAUCCUUGGUGGAAUGGGUUUUAUGAAGGAAUGUGGCCUUGAGAGGGUCAUGCGUGAUCUUAGGAUCUUCAGAAUUUUUGAGGGAACUAAUGACAUCCUGCGGCUCUUUGUAGCUCUCACAGGAAUCCAGUUUGCUGGAGCACAUCUAAGGGAGCUGCAGAAGGCAUUCAAGAACCCAGCAGCAAACCUAGGACUGAUCUUUGAAGAAGCAACCAAGCGAGCCAUUCGAUCAGUUGGUCUUGGCAGUCCUCCUUCCUUGUCAGAGCAUGUUCACCCAAAUCUUGUGCCUGCAGCCACCCUUGCUGCCAAGAGUGUUGAAGCUUUUGGGCAGGCAGUUGAAGCUACACUAAUCAAGUAUGGGCGUGGUGUUGUGGAUGAGCAGUUUGUACUAAAUAGGCUUGCUGGUGCAGCCAUUGACACCUACACAAUGGCUGUAGUUCUGUCUCGAGCCACCAUGGCACUACAGAGAGGUUUGCCUUCUGCACAUAUCGAGGAACUCAUGACCAAAGUUUGGUGCAGUGAGGCAUCUGAACGAGUGGCUCAGAACUUGGGAGCAGUUCGAUCUGCUCAAACACUAGAGAACUUCUCAAAUCUUAGUGCCAUUGCCAAGAAUGUGUGUGAGAAUGGGGACAUUGUUCACAUCAAUCCACUGAACUUUUAAAUAUGGUAAUUCUCAUGUUAAAAAGGUAAGGUGACUGGUAUUGUAUCGCAAUAUAUAAUCUUUUAUCACUGUUGCAGCGUUUCAGUUGACAGGCGUUUUUAUGUUAUUUUAAUGUUUUAUAAUUUAUGUAAUUUUCAAAAUUCAUUCAAAAUGAUUUAACCCAUUUGGUUUUGGUCUGGGUGCUAAAAGUCUGUAAUGCCCUGUCAUGGGUAAAAAUUGAGAAAAAUGUGAUAUUUUUUACAGUAAUUUUGUUCCCAUUAAGAUUAUACUGGAAAUUUAUUUUUCCACAUUACUUAUGAGUGUGUUCAGUGUCAUUUCAAAACAGAAACCAAUUUUGUCACAUACAUUCACUACACAAAACAUCUUUGUUUUUAGAAUAGCCUGUGUAUGGGCCUUGAAAAAGCUUUAUUAUUCUUGAUGAGUUAUAAUCAUUUACUAAUGCAUAUGACACAAGCUUAUUUUGUGCUUUAUGCAAAGCAGUUCAGUAGUUGUGAGAAACAAUCCUUGAGAUCAAGCUCUGCGACCGUAAAAUGUCACACAAGCAAUGAACAGGUUAAUAAGUCUAGACUCUAAAUGUUUCCAGAAUCUGAAUGCAUUAUCUAAUCUAGACUCUAUUAUUAAAACAAUACUUGUUAUUUAAAUUUUAGCACAGUAGCAUUUUGUACUGAAUGAAGAUUUUGGUGUGUUUUGUAAUUUUGGCUUGUUUCAGAGUAUGUGUUUUUAUAGACAUGUUUAUAUAUUAUAUUUUUAUAUUCUUUUAAGAUACUGUAACCAUGUAAUAGUAACUCUAGUUAAAGUCAACAUCAGUUGCCUUAGGAUUUGUAUUUAUAAAAUGAGUAAAGACUGAGGGAAAAUCAGAUUUAUAGUCUGAAGACAUGUGUCAGAUUAAUAUACUUAUGUUUUUUGGGUUAUGAUACUGUCUUGUGGCACAUACAUUAUUAGUAGACAAUGAAGUUCUUGCAUAUGCCAUUUAUUUCUGGAAUAUGAUAACAAAUGUUUGAAAGGUUUGUUUUCUGUGAAAAUUCUGCAACUUUUAAAGCAACAAAUAUUUUUAGCAAAUAAUGUGAAUACAGUCCUAUAUAGCUUGAGCAUUAUAUACAAUAAAGUAAUCUGUAUUACAACGCUAAA